CAUUUUGUGCUCGUUUCCGUGGGAGGAGGAGACCGGACUCGACGUGCAGCUCCACACCCGUGGCGGCUCCGCAAAAGUUCAUAACGUGUCUUGUUUGCCGGCUUGGAGGUUGUUUCGCACCGGAAAAAAAGAAGAAGAAACAGCCCACUAAACAGCUCAUUGUGCUUCCGAAGCUUCCCAAUCGUGUGACCUCCUGUGGAAGGUCAUCAUGGCGAGUCGGCAGCUUGCCGUCAAACUGUCGGUUAGUCCGUCCAGAGGCCUGGUGGACGAGAAGUUGGCCAUCCUGGUGAAGAGUGCGCCCCCUGGGGCCCGGCUCACCCUCCGCGCCUUCCACCAAUGCGAGAAUGGACACGGAUGGGAGGCCUUCGCUCACUACCUGACGGACGCUGCAGGCUCCCUCAACGUAUCCGAGGAUCCCAGUCUGGGCGGGACGUACUCCGGGGUGGAGCAGAUGGGUCUUCUGUGGAGCAUCAGACCAGUUCCAGGCAGCAAACCUGGACUCAGGAUGAGGAAGAUGAAUGUGCAGACCCCCAUGGAGUUCACCAUCUCGGUCUAUCAGGACCACAUUACCGACUUCACGGAUCAGGUUCCGCAGGCGUCCCAGCUGGUAGAGCGCUGGUACAUGGCGCCUGGCAUACUCAGGACCCCCAUCACGGACUGCGGACUGUCGGCGACCCUCUUCCUGCCCUCAGGUCCUGGACCGUUCCCUGCUAUCCUGGACCUGUGGGGUGGUGGAGGCCAGCUGGUGGAGUACCGGGCAGCGCUGUUUGCCUCGCAUGGUUUUGCCGCGCUGGCUCUGGACUACAUGACGCCCAAGAUCACCGUGGAGACCGGCAAGAUGGUGGAUAACACCUACUUUGAGGCCUUCACGUUCCUGCAGCAGCACCCUGGGGUGCUGGCCGAGCGCGUGGCCCUGUUGGGGCUCUCCUUCGGAGUCAGUGUCACGCUCAAGAUGGCCGCCUACUCACACGUCGUCAAGCCCAGGUGUGCUGUGUGCAUCAGUGGAAGUCACGUCCAACCCGUGGAUGGAACUGUGGCGGACAUUUUAUCUUACUUUGAUCGGAACGCGCACAAGACUCAACUGAACGACGAGAACCAGGCCAUCAUGAGAAACUUGCUGCUGCCAAUCCCGACUGAUCCUGCCUUCAAAGUUGACGUGGGAUGUGUGCAGUGCCCUCUCUUGGUGGUUGUGGGCGAGGAUGACCAGAACUGGCCUGCCUCGGAGUCAGCUGAAGACAUGAAGGAGAUGAUGGAGCGUGCAGGAAACGUCUACCUGCUGACAGUCCUGUCUUACCCUAAUGCCGGACACUUGUUGGAGCCUCCGUACUCACCACACACCAGAGUCAGCUCAUUCAGAUCCAUAGGAAGUCGGCAGAAGCUUACAGCUCUGUGGGGAGGCGAGAGUGCGGCACAUUCGCUUGCUCAGGAAGACGCUUGGAAGAAGACCUUGGACUUCCUGCGUCACCAUUUGUACACCUGAAGACACAACACCGGUGGCCCCCAGAGAAACAACAAGUCAGAGUGGACCCGGGGCGUAGAACCGAUCGCAGGUGGACUGCUCUGGUUUACCCAAAACCCCCGCACACUGACCAAUACGUGUUAUGGGGGCGAGAGAUGCAGUGUCUAACUCUGACCAGCAGAGGUCAGCGUUCGCUGCUCGGGGUGGAUGGCCAUAGGGGAGACUGGCAAUUUUAAAGCAAAGAAGAGCACACCGAACGUUAUGAACAAAAUAUUCUCUUUUUUGUGUUUUAUAAGGAAAUAACACAAAAUUAUAACCCCCCCAAAAAAACUUUUCAAAUCAAAUACAGUUCUUUCUGCACCACGCGACCAACACGCACCCAAACAGUGUCACGUCACGAGUCCUUCACAGCCAGUCGGAAAUCACAAAACUCCUUAACUUUAACAAACAGGUUCCUGUUAUGUGAAUAAUAAUAAUAAUAAAUCCACUUUACCUUGACUUCUUAUAAUAAUAAUAAUAAUAAUUAUACAGGCGACACGCUGGUCGACCGGUUAAAGCGUCUGCCUCACAGUUCUGAAGACCGGGGUUGAAUGCAUGUUCUCCCCGUGGCUGCGUGGGUUUUCUAUGGGCACUCUGGUUUCCUCCCACAUCCCAAAACCAUGCAUGCUAGGUUAAUUGAAGACUUUAAAUUGCCCGUAGGUGUGAAUGUGAGUGCGGAUGGUUGUUUGUUUAUAUGUCUCUGCGAUUGGCUGGCAACCACUUCAGGGUGUAUCGAGCCUCCUGCCCGAUGAUAGCUGGGAUAGGCUCCAGCACUCCUGCGACCCUUGUGAGGAGAAACGGCUCAGAAAAUGGAUGGAUGUCGACCAUUAAUUCCGAGAAAAAAAACGUUUAAAAAAAUGAAGAAAUUGAAAAAAAUGGCAAUGAAGAAAGAACAACACAAAACAUGAAGAAAGUGAAAAAAUUCCACCCAUUCAUCCAUUUAAUUUGUAUGCACCUUUCGAGACCCUCAAGGACACUGUACAUCAAUAACACAACAGUAAAACCAGAAUUAUGCAGAGAAAAUAAAUAAAAAUACAGGGCUGUGGGUUUUGAGCUCAGAUUGAAAGUGAUGAAAGAGACUAGAUUGCGGAGGUCUGGUGGCAAAGAGUUCCAGAGUUGAGUGGCUGAAGGUUCUGCUUCUUCUUUUCUUGACAAGUCGGCAUGUACCGUAAGUGCCUCGCCUUAUCGCAAGCAAAACGUCUUCAUUACGCACCGCCCCGCACGUAUUUGCAUCUCUCUGCAUGAACUGCAUUGACUUUCUAUGUUAUCAUGCCGCGCCAAACGUCCAAAACGCGUCCGCUGGGAACGUAGCAUAACUGUAUGCAAUAGAUUAUAUAGUGUGAAAGUGCGCAAAGCAUAUAUACACUUUGUAUAUACAGUAAAUUCUUGAGAAUUGCAUUUGGAGUGCAUCAAGGUUCAAUCGUCAGCCCCGCAAUGUUUUCUUCACCUUCCCUCAUUUUCAUCAAGAUCACAUUAUUAGUGUAUAAAGAGGAAUCAGGCUAUUAGGCUUAACAUUUGUAUGCACUGUCAGGUCUGCCAUUUUGAUUACAUUUUCUAUAAAGUUGCUUUUAAUGAUAA